CCUGGCUCCACCUCUUCUGCCACAAACAUCAGCAUGGUGGUAUCUGCCGGCCCUUCGUCCAGUGAGAAGACAGAGAUGAACAUUGGAGAAAUCAACGAGAAAUUGCGCCCCCAACCGGCAGAGAACAAACAGCAGUUCAGAAACAUCAAAGAGAAAUUUCUUGUAACACAAGUGGCCUACUUCCUGGCCAACUGGCAGAAGAAAUACUAGUAUGAAGAAUUCAAAGACCUCAUAAAAUCUAUGCUGAGGGAUGAGCUGCAGUUCAAGGACGAGAAGCUUGCAGAGCAGCUCGGGCAAGCUGAGGAGCUCAGGCAAUAUAAGGUCCUAGUUCACUCUCAGGCACGAGAGCUGGCCCGGUUAAUGAAGAGAUUACAGGAAGGGAGAGAUGCCUCCUGCUCAUUGAAUCAGCAUCUCCAGGCCCUCCUCACUCCAGAUGAGCCUGACAACUCCCAGGGGCAGGAUAUCCGAGAGCAGCUGGCUGAGGGCUGCAGGCUGACAGAGAACCUCAUCCACAAACUCAGCCCAGAAAAUCAUGAAGAUGUAGAUGACGAUGUUUACAUUGAGGAGGCUGAGAAAGUGCGGGAAUCACGUGCCCCCAGGGAGGUGCAGAAGCCUGAAGAGAAGGAAUUCCCUGAGGACUUACUGGCCGAAUGUGCUCUCACUUGUUCAAAUAGCCACCACCCUUCUGACUCCAGCCAGCCUCACAGGAAAACCAAAAUCACAUUUGAGGAAGACAAAGUUGACUCUGCGCUGGUUGUAGACAGUGAACCCUCUCAUGAUGAAGGGGAGGAAGCUCUAAACAUUCUCCCAGAAAAUCAAAGCGAUCACGAGGAAGAGAAAGUAAAAGGGCCAGUGCCCCCCAGGAAUCUGCAGGAGUCUGAAGAGGAGGAAGCCCCCCAGGAGUCCUGGGAAGAAGGUUAUUUGACUCUCUCAAGUCCUCCGGACAUGUCUGCCUUCUACCAGUCUUACAGGAGCACAUUGCACGCAUUAGAGGAACAGCAAUUCGUCUUGGCUCUUGGUAUAGACAGACAUCAGUGUGAUCAUGUGAAAAAGGAGAAUCAAGAGGCAACACAUCCCAGGCUCAGCAGGGAGCUACUGGAAGUAGAAGAGGCUGAAGUCUUGCAGGACUUACUGGAUAGAUGUUAUUUGACUCCUUCCAGUUAUCUUGAACUGCCUGACUUAUGCCAGCCCUACGGAAGUGACUUUUACUCAUUGGAGGAACAGCACAUUGGCUUGGCUAUUGAUGUGGACGAAAUUGAAAAGGAUCAAGAAGAGGAAGAAGAUCAAGACUCACCAUGCCCCAGGCUGAGCCCAGAGCUGCCAGAGGUGGAGGAGCAGGACAUCCCGCAGGACUCUCUGGAUGAAGUUUACUUGACUCCUUCACUUUCCCAUGACCCGUCUGAUUGCCAGCAGCCUUAUAGCAGCACAUUAUCCUCAUUGGAGGAUCAGCUUGCCUGCUUUGCUCUGGAGGUAGCCUCUGCCACCCAGGUGGCCUGUCCUUAUGGGUCUUGGAGUGGAGACUUGAGCCACCACCUGAGAGAGGUGCAGGCUUCACAGGCACAGCUGGAGCCAGGAACCCUGGUGCCCAAUUGUCUGCCAUUGCAACUGGAUCAAGGGUUUGACUGUGGCUAUGACUUAGCCAGGCGGGGCAUUUCCUCCACCACCUGCAGCUUCACAGCCAGCGCUGAUCCUGCGAACCAAUGGCCCUUCCAAGAAUCUCCUCUCUCCCAAAACACAGCCUGUAUCCAGUGUGACUCCCUUGCCUUUGCCUUAUCUACCUGGAAGCUAUUUGUGUUUAUUAAUCAUACCAAAUACUGCUGA